AUGGAUUUUUUGCUUAAGGGAAUAAAUGAGGACACAUCUGAAUGCCAAUUUGAUGACAAGGACAUUCAGAGAUGCCCAUUUUUAAGGAACAUCAACAAGCCAACAAGCUUUUCGUUCUCUCCUGUGAACUUCCUUGAUCCUGUGCUAGGAGCUAAAGGUCCAAUUUUUGAAGAUGGUCCGAAUUUUGGUAUGGCAUUUAAGCUUUUUCAUGGGAAGGAUGGGGUUGUCCCACUCUCAAAUCAAUCCAGCUUUCAUGAUAACAUUUUGGAACAUGAGCCUGCACUUCAAUUCAAUCCCUUAGCAGCAAAAGCUGCCUCCAUAAGUCUAUCUGCAUUUGGUCUUGGUGGACCGUUUGGCUUUGGUUUCUUCAAUGAUAAGUGGAAGAAUCAGAAAAAGAAAUCAGAAUCAACUAACAAGAAAGAACCAUCUUCUCAGAAAGGAAAUACAUCAAAGCAUGAGGCAAUGGGAAAUGAAUGGUUGGAGACAGGCAACUGCCCCAUAGCUAAGUCCUAUAGAGCUGUGAGCCGUGUACUCCCACUAGUAGCAUCGGCUCUUCAGCCACCGCCUGGCAUGAAGUUUAGGUGUCCGCCUGCUGUAGUUGCUGCAAGGACUGCCUUAGCCCGGACUGCCCUUGUUAAAAACUUGAGACCUCAGCCACUACCUGCAAAGGUGCUUGUCAUUGCAUUGCUGGGCAUGGCAGUAAAUGUACCAUUGGGCAUGUGGAAGGAACACACACAGAAGUUCUCUCUACAAUGGUUUGCAGCUGUGCAUGCAGCUGUGCCCUUCAUAGCCAUGCUAAGGAAGUCCGUUUUGAUACCAAAAACAGCCAUGGCACUGACCAUUGGAGCUUCUAUCCUAGGGCAGAUUAUCGGUUCUAGAGCUGAGAGGCACCGAUUGAAAACUGUGGCCAACUGGGAAAACAUGAAAGUACAGACAGCUAUUGCUGCUGCCGUUGCCAGAUACAGUCCAAGCCAGGUUAGUGGCAACACUGGUAGUCAUUGUGGUACAGAAAUGUCAUGGGACCCGCUUCUUAUCAAGGCUAGUGGAAGCCAUUCAUCUAUCAAUGGCAAUUCACCUACUAAUGUUUGUUACUAG